CCUACUACUACUACCACCAUCUAUCCUCCUCCCACUUCAGAUCACACACUCCCACCCCUCAGGCUCUCUUUGUCGCACUGAAGCUUCCAGGGCAAACGGUGCACACACGUAUAGCCACCGUCUGCUGAACAGUUCAAGAAAAUCCGAAAGGAAGAAGACAGCAGAAAAAGCUGAUGAAGAGAAAUAAAUCAUUGAAAAACAAGAAACACAAAAUCAGUUGGAAAGCGUGAAGAAGAUAAAGUUCGUUGGGUAUGUGGAUUCUUGCCUGAGUGAUCUGGUGUCAUGUGGCCUGAGGACAUUCAGACAUUAAAGUAAAUGGAGAAGUCGUGGGAGGGCAGUUGAACUAACUGGAAAUUUUGAGUAGACAAAAGAGAAGUAGCACGUUAAACUUUUUGGAAGUGAUAGUUGACAUAGCUUGAACCAAUACCGGUUGGUUACAGCUUGCAACCAAAGAAGCAGAACUUUUUCUUUACACAGGAGAGAGAUAUCAGUAACAGAGCAACCACACUGGACUUUAGAUCAUGAGGAAAGGAACCAGUUUGAAGGACAAGUGAAAGAAAGAAAGGAAAGAGGAUGAAGAGAAUAUUAUUAGAUGGGGCAUAUAUUGUUUGUGUUCAGCUGAAAUAAGCAGUAGUCAAGAUGUUUGUGAACUUCCGUCGAAUCCACAAGUGCCAGUGUUUGCAACUGCUGACCACAGGUGUUUUGCUUUGUAUGUUGAUGGUUUACUGGGAAGAGCUAGACCAUCAUGUGGUCAGCCACGUGAGAUCCUUCACCUACCGGUACAUGAUCAAUAGCUACGAUUUUCUCAAUUCUUCUUUUGCUAUCAACUCCAAUCAUCAUUACAGAAAAGGUGGUUCUAACAGGGUAUUUGGAGGAUUUGUGAACUAUUCAUACCUCAUCAACCACCCAGAGAAAUGCAAAGGUGAAAACGGGAAGAGUUCAAAUGAUGUUUUUCUGCUGUUAUUUGUAAAAUCGUCACCAGAGAACUUUGAGCGGCGCCAAGCCAUCAGGGACACAUGGGGAAACGAGAGCUUUGUUUGGGCAGAACUGGGGGUGAAUAUGAGGUUGGUGUUCGCCAUCGGCACUCAUCCGUAUGUCGAACAGAGAUAUAAGGUCCAAACUGCGCUGCUGAAGGAGGACAAGGUCUAUGGAGAUCUGAUCCAGCAGAACUUUGUAGACACAUUUUACAACCUGACUACCAAACUGAUCCUGCAGUUCCACUGGAGACACAUGUAUUGCCCUCAGGCACGCUUCGUCAUGUCUGGGGAUGAUGACAUCUUUGUCCAUAUGCCUAAUUUGGUAAAGUAUUUACAGGAUAUUCUCAGGAGCCAAUCAGGAGCUAAAGACCUAUGGGUGGGGCAUGUCCACAGGGGAUCUCCUCCAGUUCGCUAUAAAUACAGCAAAUACCACAUUCCCUAUGAUCUGUAUCCCUGGCCAUCCUACCCAGACUACACUGCUGGAGCAGGGUAUGUGGUUUCAGGGGAUGUAGCUGCUAAAAUUUACCAGGCGACUCUGCUGCUGAACUCCUCUAUGUACAUUGAUGAUGUCUUUAUGGGAAUCUGUGCCAAGGCCAUGGGGGUCUCUCCCCAGGAGCAUGUUUACUUUUCAGGGGAGGGCAAGGCUCCUUACCACACCUGCAUUUAUGACCACAUGAUCACAUCACACGAUCAUAUCUCUGACGUGCGCUCACUGUGGCGGUCAGCAACAGAAUCUAGAGAGAACAGCAGCACCAGAGGAAUAAUAGGUAACCUUUAUUGCACAGCAGUGAGAGUGAUGCUGCUAUGUCUGCCACAUUAUCAGAACACUUACUCCUGUAGUGCUGCUUUUACAUGAAUACUCAUUAUGGGUCUCAAAGACUGUUAUAAACAAUAUUACCUAACAGCACUAGUCUGACAUAUUUCACCUUUUGCUGUUGUGUGCUAUCUUGUAAUGAAAUAAAAGCAGAUCUAUUAAGAAAAUAAAUGCAUUCAAAAUUAAUGUCCAGAUGCAUCAGGCUUCACUGAUGUGCAGCUUCCAUUUACAUGCAGGGUUUCUGUCUCUGUAUAAAGUGUAUAAAGAUGAGCGGUUUACAGUAGUCAGCUGCUAAAUAGGUUUAUAUAUGUACAUAUAUGAAUUAUUUAAAUAAUUAAAUUUAUUAAGGGAAAAGAUGUUUUGUUACUUUUUGAAAUCUUUUAUCCUACUUUGUUAGAUUCCAUUUAAGUGAUUUCUUGAUUCCAGUUGUAAUUAGGCCUGGGUGUGAUUAGUGCAACUGAGCUCAGCUUUCCAAAACAUGUGAUUAAUUGCAAUUCACAUAGGGCCGUUAAUGUCCCUUAAUAAAUAAAACCAUCAUUAAAAAACACACACACAUUUUUUAUUUACUCAAGGUAUCUUUGUCUAAUAUUAAAUAUUAAAAUGUAUUUGAUGAUGUGAAACAUGUAAGUGUGACAAAUAUGCCAAAAAAGGAAUUUGGGAAGGGGCAACAUACUUUGACACAGGACUGAAUAUAUACACAUAUACAUAUUUCUUUCAUUCAUAUUUUGGAUUUAUGCGUUCCCUUAAUUUUUUUUAUGUUACCUUCUCCAGUAGUUUAGUAAAGCACUUAUCAACGAAAUAACUUUUCCUUUUGUCUACUCCAUAUAUUAGUGGUAGCAAACAUCAAAAUUGUUGAUUCAAGUAGUCUUGGAUUAUUCUUCUGUGUUGGGGCAAUUGCUUGUUUUGCUUUUAAAUUAUUUAUAGAUAAGACAAGGGUAUCAGGAUAACUCUGAAAUUUAAAGCCCGACAUAUUAACGAUGCAGCUGCCAAGUGAGAGGAAACUGGACCAACUUGAUUUUUGUUGGAAAACAUUGUUUUUUUGUGAUGCUGUGAUUAUAACUUUGAUGCAUAUGUAUAAUUAUUCACUGUCAUAGAGCCAAUCAAAUGUUUUACACACUAGGGUCUGCCAGAUUGUGCUAAAUUAUGACUAACUUGUGUAGCCUGCAUUUUCAGUGUAAGCCACGUCAGGACUUCUGCUAAGCUAUAUUUUUGCCUUCUUAACCGCAUUCCUUCUUUCACUCUUAAUAACUUCAUUUCACUCACCUGACCUCCUGCAUAUUGUUAAACUGUGUAUUCUAUAAAAUAUGCUCUAGUGAAACUGUAAUGUCUAAAGAUUAAGUUAGUUUAAUUUAUUGAUCACUCUGUUUAGUUUAGUCAGCUAAACUCGUGAAGCUUUUCAUGUGUAACUGUCAGAAGCCAAAAUAAAUAGCCAAUCCAUAAUGUGUUUAAAUUUUGGACAGAUUUAUGAGCAAGGCUCUGAUUUUUGAAUAGCAAUUACCUCAUUUUCUUUCUGAUGUUAUUUUCGAUUUACAAGUGUGGUUAAAAUGAUUUACCUGUUGAAAUGUUUACUUGUGGUUCAAUCUGCAGGUUUCACAAUAUCUCAAAAUCUACAGAUUGCAUAGUUUUAUGGUGUCUUAAAGCUGUUCAGACACGUUUAGAUAGUUAAGCAACACCUUAACAAAACAUCCAUCCAACCAUUUUUUAAGCCCUUAUGCAAUUUAUAGUUGCUGUACUUAUUCCUGCUAUCAAUACCAUGAUCUAUCACAGGGCUACCAAAGCCAAACAUUUACCUACAAUCUCUCAAUGCCUUUUUUGUAUGUGGAGUAAGUCUAUUUGAUUACAUGCACACUGAAAAAUGAAGCUAAGAUGGUACAUAAAUAGAGUGACGUCUAAGUGUCCGCUCCGAGCAUUAGUCUUUGACACCUCAGGAGUGAGAUUGAAAAACAGUCUGCAGUAAACCUGUUUCCGAUAUACUGACCCCAAACUGACUUUUCUGUGCAGAGUACAUUAUUCCAAAGUGCCUAGUCUUUACUUGUGCAUUCAAUGCCAAACCUUUGACAUGAAUUUUGGACAACAAAGGGUGUUUUAGUUUAAGUUAUUUCUGGUUGGAAUUACACAUUGAUGAUUCUAAUCCCAGCCAAAAAUUAUGAAACUUGUCAUUAUAAUUUCAUGGAUUUCAUAGUGUGAUAAAAGGAGAGAAGCCAUUUUUUCUAUGAGACUGUUCUAGCUUAUUUAUUUAAAUUCUGAAAGUGAAUGCUGUUGUAAUUUUUGUGUGACAUUUCUGUGAAUGUAUCAACUUUGUUAACAGAAUUUUUGUUUUAAUAAAAAAAAACAUUAGUUUAGAAUCAGUUUCACAUAGGAUCUACUUAUUGUUUUACUUGAAUCUCAAUAUUGUAUCUACUCAAGAAAUUAAAUAAAAUCCAACACCAACAAGACAUGAAUGUGGACCUUUAACAUCC